AUAAAUCUAUCUCCGGCUGACACGCACCACAACUUCAACGCGCAAAGCCUUGUGGUCCUGCAAUUGCAAUCUUUUCACUUCAUACUCCAGCCAGUUGAUCUUCAAUUAUCUUAAUUUAUGCAUUUCUAAAAGUGACAUUGCAAUCGUUGCCGCGAGGCUCAGCUCCCCUCAGGUCACUCAUACCUCUGCAUUCAAACUCACCGAUCUGCAAUCAUGCCUGCGAAAUCGAGAUUUACAAGGCUGGAUGCUUUUACCAAGACUGUCGAUGAGGCGAGAGUACGAACAACCUCGGGAGGAAUUGUCACGAUAGCUUCGCUGCUUAUCGUCCUGUACCUGGCGCUGGGGGAAUGGAGGGACUACAGAAGGGUGGUGGUACAUCCCGAGUUGAUUGUUGAUAAAGGGCGAGGAGAAAAGAUGGAAAUACAUCUGAACAUCAGCUUUCCCCAGAUCCCUUGCGAGCUUCUCACACUUGACGUGAUGGACGUUUCCGGAGAACAACAGACUGGUGUCAUGCACGGCGUCAACAAAGUCAGGCUGGAGUCCGUAGCCAACGGAGGUGGGGUCAUCGAUGUCAAAUCUUUGGACUUGCACGAAGGAGCUCCGCAUUUGGACCCUGAUUAUUGUGGUGGCUGUUACGGCGCGAAUCCCCCGGCGAACGCACAAAAAGCUGGCUGCUGUAAUACUUGCGACGAAGUACGAGAGGCAUAUGCAGGUGUAUCGUGGGCUUUCGGGCGUGGUGAGAAUGUGGAGCAGUGCGAGCGAGAACACUAUGCAGAACGCUUGGAUGCUCAAAGACAUGAAGGAUGCCGUAUUGAAGGAGGUAUCCGUGUGAACAAGGUCGUGGGCAACUUCCAUAUUGCACCUGGACGGAGUUUUAGCAACGGCAACAUGCACGUACACGAUUUGAACAACUAUUUCGAUACUCCGGUUCAGGGCGGGCAUGUCUUCACGCACACUAUCCAUUCUCUUCGCUUUGGACCUCAACUGCCUGAAGAAAUAACAGCAAAGAUGGGCAAGAAAGGAGAGCUGCCCUGGACCAAUCACCAUCUCAACCCUCUGGAUGAUACCCACCAAAUCACUAAUGAGCCAGCGUACAACUUCAUGUACUUUGUCAAGGUCGUCUCCACAUCUUAUCUUCCUCUAGGAUGGGAUAGUAAAUCGAACAGCAACCCAGAUGAUGGCAUUCUCGGAAAACUUGGGCAUGGUAACGAUGGCAGUAUCGAAACGCACCAAUACUCUGUCACAAGUCACAAGAGAAGCUUAAAUGGUGGAGACGAUGCUGCUGAAGGUCACAAGGAGAAGCUCCACGCACGUGGUGGUAUUCCAGGGGUGUUCUUCUCAUAUGAUAUCUCGCCUAUGAAAGUGAUCAACCGCGAAGAGAGAACGAAGAGUCUGACAGGUUUCCUCACCGGGUUGUGCGCAAUCAUUGGUGGUACUUUAACAGUUGCCGCAGCAGUUGAUCGUGGUGUGUAUGAAGGAGCAACCAGACUGAAGAAGCUGCAGUCUAAAAAUUUGUGAAAAUGAAUGCUUUCUCGUUUAGGGUUUCGCAUGGAAUGGAGUUUAGAGGCUUUGAAUAUAGGUCAAUAUGAAAAGAUGAACAAU